AUGGACAACCUUUCCGGUUUCGACCCGUCUACCAUGACCUAUCUGCCAUCACUAACUCAGCUGAAUGUUGGCGGAGCGUCGGAUCCAUAUCAAGAGUUGCUACUCCCGAUUGAGCUGCCGGAUCAUCAAUCUACCUAUGGAUACGCUGUCAGUGAAGACUUGAAUCUGCAAUCAUUGCAGCCGCAACGGACACCUCAAUUGAAGCGAUACUCGAGCACCUUCGUAGAGGACCCGUUCUCGGACGUCGUCAGUGCCUUCGAGCCUGUUGGUCAGGAACAGCAAGAUACUGAGACGCCGUCGAUCGAUAGAGAUAACAAGCUUCUAAGCUUCUCGCCACCCAGUCUCGACUAUGCUCUACUUGAUUAUUCGUUCCGACGAACAACCAUCUCCCUGGCGGCGCAGCUUCAUGGCAUGUUCUUCUUGGCCGAAUCACCUUGGGCUGCCCCGGGCGAGACGCAGCCGCUACCGAACGAACUGACAUGCUACCGAAGAAACUUAUUCCAAAUUACUGGGGACAUUACAUUGCCGAGGGCGCUCCGGUAUAUCCUGACAGACCACGGGGAGCAAAUACCGAUCAUCGGACAGGAGCUAACCAUCAGUGCAACGGAGUCAACCGAAGGGAAUGCAGUGAAGGUCAUCUCCGUGCCCUGGAAGACACCAACGAAUGGAAACCAGGCGAUGAUCGAUGAGAAGAUUGAGCGCGAGCCUCCUACGAUCCCGCUGGACUUGAUGAGUAUGCAGGAUGUUGACACAGACUUCGCAAGCAUUCCCUUUCAGUGGAAGAGAUUGCAGUUCCGGAUUGCUACAGCCAACAAUGGUCGACGUAAAGAGCUUCAACAACACUUUGUUGUAAGACUCAAGGUGAUCGCGACGCUUGCGACGGGCGGCAAGGUCCCAAUUUGCGAAGUCCGCUCAGGAGCGAUCAUUGUACGAGGGCGAAGUCCGCGAAACUUCCAAAGCAGAAAGGACAUGCCGUUGAGUGGUGCAGGCCAUUCAAGGAAGACAUCGAACCUUCCUGGUCAGCUGAACCGAACAGUAUCCCGUGAGUCAACUGGCAAUAAGAUACCUGAUGGUCCAACUUCGGCUCCGCUCAAGCAGGAGGUUGCCGGGCCAGCUUCUUUCUUCGACCCCAACGAAGGUACAGCGAACAACGACUUCUAUGACUGGAAAGGUCUCGGCCAGGUGCAGCCAGGUGCAAUGACUGCUCUACCUCCGGAUCCCAGUCCCUUUCAGCGCGGCAACGUAUACGCUUCAUCCUCGCCAGAUCUAACUCGGGUACCCAAGCCGCCACCACCGCCUUCGGCGCCAAUCAACCUUUCCCUGGUGGAGGAUGAUUCGCCGCAGCCUGGCAAUAGCACUACGCCACCAGACCAACGAGCUGCGAAGAAGUCACACAUACCGACUAGACCACCUUCCUUCUCCCUCAAUACGAUAAACAGUCCCGAUGAAAGUGCUGAUUUGCUUUACGAGUAUUUCCCGCUUGGCCUGGAUGACUGGAUGCCGCCGGUAGAUGCUGUGUAUAGGCCGCACGUGGUCCAUCACACCAAGCUGCCGUCUGAUCCAAGGGACCCGAAGGCCCCUGUGAAGGGUGCGCGGAGCAAGCGAUACUUCAGCGAGGCUGUGAGCUGA